AUGGAAUUGUAUGAGGUGAACCAGGACAUCCAUGGUUCUGAGGGUGUCGGGAAGUGGAGACUUGCAGUCACAAAGUUAUUGAAAGACAACUCCCGGUCCGAGGCUCCUUUUCUGUUAAACUCACGCACUCCAGCUCCAAGCCCCCAGGACACAAACGUCACCACUCUGCCCAGAGGCUUAGAGCCUGCCACUUCCCUUAGCUCCCCGACACUGGGGUGGCUUUGGCAGUUCUCCAUCUGCGAAAGGCGUGGGCACACACAGUGCGACUGGGUGAACACCGGCAGCAGUGUGGUGGUGAGUGUGGCUGCCAGGCCUUUGAGAGGCACUCAGUUGUUGCCAGGCCCCGGCCAGUACCUGAUCUCAACCUAUGGAGAGGCGGGCGGCAAAGGUGCCAAGAAAUACUUGUCAGGGGCGCAUGGCAUCUUCCUCUCGGCGGUCUUCUGCCUUGGGCAUGGGGAGCCGCUUUACACCCUCAUGGGGCAGCAGGGAGAGGACGCCUGUCCCUGAGUAAGUGGAGCCAGUGGGAAGGGGCGGCUCAGGCGCCCCAGGGAGAAGGCUGAGUGGAAGGAGGGGGAGAUCCUGAGUGAUGGGACCAAAGGGGUCCUGGGGUCGCGGCGCUGGGCCGGAGGCGGGGUCGCCACCUACAUCUUUCGGCUGCACGCGGACAAGCUGCAGCUGCUGCUGGUGGCGGCGGGAGGAGGCGAUCGCGCCCACCUGAAGCGGCAGGAAGAAGGCGGGACUCAGGCCUCCCAGAAAAUUAGAGAGCUGCUCUGCAGCGUGAGUAGCGGGAAAGGCGAGGCAGCAGGAGCGGGUGGAGGGAGAGUCUGGACAUUGCGGGCUCGCUCUCAGCAGGCUGGCAGCUAACGGGAAGAGACUGAGGGCGGCCAGGGCUGCUCAGAGAGCUGGGCUACAUUUGGCUCGGCCACAGCGGGAGGAGGUGAUGCCUCUGAGACCGAUAUCUUCUGGGCUAAUGGGGAGGAUGAGUUAUCCUUCCCACACCCUAGCAAUGAUCUCUACUUGCAGCCUCUGGCAGUAAUGGGGAACCAUGGAGAAAUGGAGAUCUGACUGCACCUCAGUUGUAGUCAUUGGCUUUUGAAAGACUUCAAAUGGCAAGCAGAACUCCCCUCAGCCAAAUGCAUGUGCCCAGAGGGCAUGGAGCUAGCUGCUGAUAACAUCAUCAGCAUGGACAUGCCCAUCACACCCGCGCCAGGCCCUCUGGUUCUAUUGGUGGUUGUGGGGGUGACCUCUACACUGAGCUUCCUUAUGGUGUGUGGGGUCCUGAUUCUGGCUAUGAAUGAACCGUAGAAGUGGCAGGGCCUGGGGACAAGGCUUCCAGAUCCUGAGCUUGAGCUAAGCAAGCUUUGAACCUCCAUCAUCAGGACAGCUCCCAACCCCUACUACUGCCAUAUGGGGCUUGGCAUGGCCCAGUCCUGGCCUUUGCUUCCAGGGCUUACUGAGGUUUCCCCAGCCAAUGUCACUCUGCUCAGAACCCUGGGCCAUGGUGCCUUUGGAGAGGCCUAUGAAGGACUGGUAAUUGACCUUCCUGGGCACCCCAGUUCCCUGCAGGUAGCUGUCAAGACCCUGCCAGAACUCCAGGACAAGCUGGAUUUCCUCAUGGAGACACUCAUCAUCAACAAGUUCAGCCAUUAAAAUAUUGAGCUUUGUGUGAGGUUCAGCUUCCAGGCUACCCAUCCUCUGAUUCUGCUGGAGUUGAUGUCUGGAGGGGACAUGAAGAGUUUCCUGAGGCAUAGCUGGCCACACCUGGGCCAGCUGUCAUCUCUGGUCAUGCAGAACCUGCUUUAGCUGGCUCAGGACCACUAUUUGGAGGAAAAUUACUUUUUGGCAGCAAUUUGUUUUUGCUGACUCUACAGGGACAUUGCUGCCAGGAACUGCCUGCUGAGCUGCACUGGGCCCAACCUAGUGGCCAAGACUGGGGACUUCAGGUUGACAAGUUAUCUAUAUGGAGCUAGUUAUCACUGCAAGGGGGGCCGGGCUCUGCCGGUCAAGUGGAUGCCCCCAGAGGCCUUCCUAGAAGGAAUCUUCACAUUUAAGACAGACUCCUGGUCUUCUGGGGUACUGCUCUGGAAGAUCUUCUCAUUGGGUUACAUGUCCUACUCUGGUACUCUGGACUUUGUAGUCGGAAGUUGACAUAUAGACCCUCCCAGGGACUGUCCAAGGCCUGUGUAUUGUAUCAUGACUCACUGUUGGCAGCACCAGCCUGAACUCUGCCCUAGCUUUGCUGGCAUCUUGGAGCAUCAUCAGUACUAAACUCAGGACACUGAUGUGCUAGAUUCACCCCUGCCAAUGGAACUGAGGCCCACCCUGGAAGAGCAAGGAGCUUCUGGGCUGGGGAGCAGGUCUUUGGAGUGCUUAAUAUUCCCACAGGCCCAGAAAUUGAAUCUGGAGAGCUUGAAGAACUGGGGAGGGAGUCUUCUUGGCCCCUGGCUACCCUCAGGCCUCAAGCCCCCCAAAUCCAGGUGCCUCCAAUCUCAGAAUCUUUAGAAUCCUACCUAUAACUCCUGGGCCCCAAGGUCUCUUGCCCGCAUGCAGGCAUUCAUGGCAGGGCCGCAGCCUGAAGGUCCAUUGUCAGACCAGCUAGUCUGCGGGGAGGCAGGAGCCUAG